GACGGCCUAUUUCACAUGCUCCUGGCAGAAUAUGGACGCAUUUUAUGUUGCAUUACGUAUCGCUUUGGUAAUUUAUCUCGUGACGCCUGGAUCAUCAACGUGUCUGAGCGGUUGCUCCUGCACAGAUGACCACUUGGGAAGGUCUUUACUAUGUAUGAAAACCUCCAUGGCAAAAAUACCAGAGGACAUCCCACAUGAUUUCACAAAAAUCCGAAUUGAAAACUGCCAUCUGACCGAGUUACCUCGAGGAUCUUUCUCUAAUGUCAGUGCCUUGGAGUUCCUUUGGCUGAAUUUCAAUGAGAUCACGUUGAUGAACGUCAAAAGCCUGGACGGGCUGGCCAACCUGACCGAGCUCAGGCUGCAAGGGAACAAGCUGACUUCAGUAACAUGGACGGCCUUUCGGGACACCCCGAACCUCAAAAUUUUGGACCUGAAGCACAAUCGACUGGACGUCCUCCCCGAACACGCUCUGAGACACUUACUCAAACUGACCUACCUAGAUCUAUCCUUCAACCGGCUUAGUGUCAUAUCAAAAGACGUCUUCAUCAAUUGGCCGCUUUACCAAACAGCAGAGAAAGCGUGGGGUAAAGAAGGGCUGGUCUCCAAUGUGGUUCUGGCCCUGCACGACAACCCCUGGUCGUGCGACUGCCGCCUCAAAGGCUUCGUUGAAUUCAUCAGAGCGGUCAGCCCUCCCAUCAUUCUCAUGAACUCCUAUUUGAUGUGCUCGGGCCCAGCCUCCAAAGCCAACACGUAUUUCCACGACAUCCAGUUAAAAACGUGCAUGAAGCCCGUGGCCUCUGCUCUAGAGACUAACAUCACUUUACCUGUUGGAGCAAAUGCAACACUCACAUGCAUAGUAAAGGCCAGGCCAGGCCCAACCAUUCAGUGGAUGUACACUCUGAAGAUUAAAAGAGGGUCUACUGCUACGGAGACCCACAUAGACGAGGAGACCGUCACCUCUCAGCUGGUGAUCCCCUCUCUUCACCCGGCAGACGGAGGACUCUAUACCUGCACGGCCAAUAACUUCAUUGGCAACAGCUCUGUCGGCAUCACGGUCAACAUCAACAUCUCCAGCUCCUCUGCUGCUCCCCCUCCACCUGUCCCCAUGUUGUCUUCAAAUGAGAACGUCGACAUUGACAUCCGCAUCGCCAAGCAGACAGUUUACGGUAUCACCCUGGAGUGGUACGCGGCCACGGGUGACCCGGCGGGAACUUGGUUCACCAUUCACUUCGGCAAAUAUGAUUCACACAAAAAGGAGACGAUCUACAUUGGUCCCGGGAUCAACAGCUACGCCGUCAGCGACCUGCUCCCGGCCACCAAAUACGAGGUGUGCGUGACCCUGAAGAACCACCCGCCGAGGGAGGGCCAGUGCAUCGUGUUUGUGACAGGAAGCGACAUCAGCGAGCUGGAGCAAAGGGCGAAGCUCAUCCACAUAGUGGUCAUCGUGUGCGCGAUGGUGCUGGCGGUGCCAGCCGGCAUGUACGCCUGCACCACGGAGGCUCGAUUCAGCUGCGUGGAUCGCUGCAUCAAAGUGUGGAAGAGGCGCAGGCUGCAGGGAGAGGACCUGCAGGGAACGGAGAGGCAAGGCACCUUUGACAGCCUGCAGGCGGCCAGCGACGAAGGCCUGUGCAGGGACUCGGAGCAAAGGCCGAAAAAGUGGCGAAUGUCUGAGGAUAAAGGCAAAGGCGCAAGUGCACCUCAGUUGCACUAACAUCAGUGUUGAGAAGUGUACAUAAAUGUGUAAAUAAUGUCAGUGUGCAUAUCUUGUAUUUUUUAUUACAUCGGGGUGGAAGAAUAAUAACAUUUUCCAAAAAUAUAUACUAGAGAUCGUCAAAAACAAAGAUUACUGCUGUCCUGGUGGGGUUUCCAGUAUCUUCUAAAAUGUUUUCAACAUCUGGAGGACAAAAAUACCCAUCUGCUGCACAAUAAAACAUAUUAUAUGUGUUAUUGUGUGAGUUUUUCCUUUCCAGGACCACAGAAAUAAUACACCUAUUUUUCUACACCAGAAAAAUAUUAACCACGAUUUUAUUGUGAGAUUGAUAGAUUUUUAAGGACAAGACAAAAGUGUAAAUUGGUUCAACGUUGUUUUAUCUGGCAGCAUUAGCAAUAUUUUGUUGUCUGGUGAUAAAAAUACCUUUUGAGGAGUCUUGAAAUACCUUCAGAACAAUGUCAUGUUUUUUGGAAUAACCUUCAAGAUUUUUGUAACGCUAAUACAAAAAUGAUGUUGAAAACAUAAUAAUGCUAAUAGAUAGAUGGUCAUCAUGUACAUAUACAUCUCAAGCUAUCAACUCAAAGUAGAGAUGCCUUCCUGCCUUAUUACAAGGAGAGUUUCUAUUAUCUGUGUCAAUAUAUAUGUACAGGACAAAGUUUGUGAUGAAAUACAUUUGACAGUUCUUUGGUUUUGUUUUUUUAUAAAAUGUUAUUCUUACAAUUUAUAUUGUGUGUAUUACCAAACUAAAUGGUAGGUGUGAUACGUCAGGAGAUUUAAAUCUGCUUAAAAUAUUUUGAAUGUGUUUCCCGAUUUUCUGUCUGAAAGUUAUGAUGAUGAAGUUAUGUUUGAUGUGGAAUAAAGAGAAGUCCGAGAUGAA